AGACUCUGCAGGGAAUCUGGUCCCCACCACAGACUUGACGGGACAAGGCUCUGCAGGGAAUCUCGUCCCCACCACAGACAUAACGUGACAAGACUCUGCAGGGAAUCUCGUCCCCACCACCGACAUGAAGUGACAAGACUCUGCAGGGAAUCUCGUAAUAACCUAUGCAUUUUGGCUAUAAAUAUGUUCCCAAACUUGUUCAUUUUCUUCAUCACCUCUUAUACUAUCAUCAGAGCAACUUAGCAUCAGAGCAACUUUGUGUUUCAUCAUCAACAAACAUGUCUCUCCUAACUAUGGGUCAAGAGCACCGAGGCACCAUUGCAAACAUUGCGACCUAUGAUGUCACGAGAUUUAGGACCCGUGCUGGUAAGAUGAUUGCUCCUGACCCUUUGAUUGUGGACUACGUUAAACGUGCGGGAUUUGGUGAGGUAAUGAACUUAACACAUACCUCAGUUGAUAUGAAGUUUAUAUUAGCAUUGUGUGAGCGUUGGAGGCCUGAGACUCAUACUUUUCACCUUCCAAUGGGUGAAUGUACCGUCACUCUAGAGGACGUGUACAUGUUGUUGGGUCUCAGAACAAAUGGAAAGGCAGUGUAUGGAAAUGUCCAACAACCAAACGCCCUAUGCGUCGAAUUGUUGGGUGUGGAUUUAAUAGAGGGUGAGGGGCAACAAAGGGGUAGGGGCCAAGGUAUAAAGCUUGCUGGCCUUCAGGAAGCUUAUGUUGGGAUUCAAUUGGAUCAGUUUUCUGACGAAGAAACUAUACUGCGGAAAACUAGGAUGUAUAUUAUGUUGUUGUUUGGUAGGUUUCUAUUUCCCGAAGGCACGGGAAAUAGUGUUAAUUUUAUGUACUUGUGUUUACUUGGGGACAUUGAUGCAAUAAAGACAUAUAGCUGGGGUUCGGCUGUGUUGGCAUACCUAUAUAGUUCCUUAUGCAAAUGUGCAAAAAAGGAUGUUUGUACAUUUAGUGGAUGUGCAUUCUUGCUACAAACAUGGGCAUGGUACAAAAUUCAAAUUAAGGUUGUUCAUUCUGGAACACGUUGUAAAUUUUUCUUAUGGGACCAAGAAUGGGAACAACUUUUGGGACUUUCUGCAGCUCAGCUGCGGAGUACAAUGAGUGAGGAUGAGGUUACUGAUCCACUUGAGUUCCCAUUAGCACUUGACAAGUUAUUGGGUAGCAAAAUUGCCUUUAAGGUGAAGUGGCAUCCGCUUUAG